UAUUACACCAAAGAGUGUGCACGUAUUUUCAUGAUAGGAAAAAUCUUUUUAAAAGAAGUACGAAGAUAUGUACUGAAUAAAGACUACACAGUCGGUUCGAUUUACUAUUUACUCAAAAAAGAGAUUUCUCUUUACGUUGUAGAGGGACACUUUGACUUAAAGAGAUAUCUCUCAAGAUUCUUUAACUCAGAAAAAAGAUACCUUUUAGCUUAUACGAUAUCCCUUUAAGAUAAGAGAUAUCUCUUUAAAUUAGAGAGAUCGUAUUUUCCGAAUAGAUAGUAAAGCGACUUGCCAUAUAAUAAAGUAACGUCAUACAAUGUAUUUUCCAGAGCUAUUUGCACUAUUGAAAUUACGUCUGAAAUGUCUAGUAAUUGAAUAACAAUUCGCAUUAUGACAUACACUGAUAUACAAAAGGAACUAGGGGAGAUAAUUUCCUGUCUCUUGUAUAUGUCCAACCUUUCACAGACUAAAGAUUUUCUACAAACAAGACCGGUGCCAGCUAUGGCGUGGAACAGCUGUAGAAUAUUGAUGAUUUACGGUACUAUAUUAACAAUCAUUGUAACUUGUGAUACAGUAGUCCUUGCAAAGAAGACGCGUUACAGAAGUAUGUAUGCCAGAGAGGUGAACCUGCUGAAGGACAAAGAUAUUUCCAGUCGUAUUAUUGGAGAAUACAGAAAUAUUCGCUCAACAUCCAAUUGCUUGAAUUUGUGCCUGAAUGUCCAAAUUUGUCUUUCCUUCCAAUUCAACAAUAUUGAAGGGCGUUGUAGACUGUAUGACAACACUUUUUCGAAUUCAUUCAUCUCCCAGAGCGGGAAUCGAUACUUCUUAGCGCUGAAAGAUGACUGUGAAGAAGAUGGUUAUAUCUAUCACAAAAUACUUGACCUUUGCUGGAAACCUUAUUCUAUGAAAGUUACCUACACCGUGGCCCUUCAGACUUGCCAGAAUGACCGCGGCCGACUUCUGCGGAUUGACUCCCAUGAAAUCUGGGAGUACCUUAAACAAAUGUUGGCAGAAUAUUCAAUGAGUCUGUUCUGGAUCCAAGGAGCCACAAAUGGAACCCAUGUGUUCAAUGACGACGGAUCGGUGGCGGAUCUCAUGACAAUCGCUACAGAAGAAUCGGAGGAAAUGGAACCCAACAGCCGGUUCAUCAUCGCCAGGGAGCAGGGAUUCCAGUGGUUUGGAGUCUCGCCGGAAUCCAGAAAUGGCUUUCUGUGUCAAGUGGCCGCAAGAAGAAAUCCCUGAUGUUUACAGAACAUUAUACAUAUAUGCACAGAAUGUACUUAUAUUAACUGUGUAAUCAAACAUGCUAAAGUUCAUAGACACGCUGCUGAUAGCGUUGCUAUGUUGUAAUUAAUAAAUAUCAUAAAAUGUCUUAUUCGUAAAAA